CCUGCCUCGUCGCUUGUCUUGUGUAGGGUUGAUCAGCUCAACUGUAAGGAUCUUUCUACUUGCCAGUAUCAUAUCUUCACGAAAGUGGUGAUUGACACUAGCAAAAGAUCGAUUCGAUCCUACAGUGGGCAGACCUUCCCGGUAAUAGACUUCUGUUAAAACUCCGUUGUACAUUUAUAUAGCCCUUGUCUGUCUAUCUUCUGUCAGUUGUACGCAGAACCCAACAUGAUCUCUUCAAUACAUCUCCUCUUGUUGGCUCUGGCCAGCUCCCAGACUGCUCAGGCUUUCAAGGCCUCUCCAAGAGACGGUAACAACGACACUGAAUCCGCCUCAUCCAAAGGCCUCCCUCUAGCCGCCAUCAUCGGCAUCAUAGUCGGAAUCGUCUUCAUCUUCGGACUUGCCACUUGCUUAUUCGUUGUCUAUUUCGCUCGCCAGAGGCACUCCCCUCGUCCCUUCUACGAGCAACGCUACUACUAUAGACAAGAGAUUGAGUCUCCCAAAACCAUGGUUGAGCCCUGGGAAUAUGUGGCUCACCAGCCUCGUUACCCCGAGUUCCACGGCGUUGCCAGAAACGGCCCCGUCGAGACCAAUGCCGAGUUCUACAACCGCAUGGAGAGUGCCGCUCGCUCAGGCCAUAUACAGCUCACACAUGACCCGAGAUCUGCCAUCCACGGCCACGAUAAUGCCAUGCCUGCUCAUCACGCCUAUGACCCCAAUACCGUCUCCAAGCAGGCCAGAAGCGCAAGCUCAAGUCAUUCUCUGCCACCUCCUCAGCCUACACACAAACGCAGGCCGGGAACCCCCGACUCGUUCAUCAUCCGAGCCUACAAGUCCGCCGUGGAAGACGCUUCUCGAAUGCCUGAGCCGCAAUCACUCCCUACACCAAAACACUCUGUGCUAUCAUCUCCAUCUGAGCCCAACUCUUCGCCAACAUUAGUUGGAUCUUCAUCCCGAUGGAGCUCCAGAUUCUCUUCGCUCUCUCUACCCAAGCUAUAUAUACCAAAGAAAGCUCCUCCUCCGAGUCUCGUGCUUCAACCUUUGACUACGCAGCCUAGAGACGCUACAGAUCAUCAGCUACACAUCACGCCUCCUCUCUUGAGCGAUCCUCGGUUCAUUGACAGACCACUUGGCGCGGGCGUCGUUGUCCUUGAGCGAAACCGUCCACCCACUCCCAAAAAUAGCGAGAAGUAUGCUGCCUAUACGGAGGUGCCACUGGCCAGCGGGAAGAGCAUCUUGUAUGGGAUGUGAAUAGGGGAUGCUAAGGUGCUACCAAGAUUACACUCUUUUUGCGCUGUCCUUUUUUUUUUCCUUUGUCUUUUGUUCUCUUUUGAGGUGUACAUGUUUGGGAGGUUUAAGCGAUGUAAAAUUAUUAAUGCUUUAUUCAAGCUGUGAUGGGAUCUGGAUUGGUCUGGUAUGGUGGCUUUGUCUGUUUAAAACGGCGUUAGGUUUGUGUAAGGUAUUUAGCCGCAAGGAAAUGGCUGUCAAUCAUUUAUACCCUGGGAUAUCCUACCGAGACGUUCUGAUUCGAAUCUAUACAUAUUACAUUCAUAAGACAUAAUAACUUGAUAUACAUCAAUAGGUAUUCCGUGACGCAAUCUUUGUGGCUGCUAUAGCGGCUAGGUGCAGUGGAUAGAAUGAGCUGCUGCUACAUCAACAA